UCGACGGGGUGUAUUUACCUCUCUGUACAUCGUGAAAGUCACCGAGAAAUUAAAUUUAAUCCUGAGAAAUCGUUAUGAUGGUCCGACUUAAUUUCUUGUGUCGCGAAUCGAAGGGAUCGAGUAAAAAGUUUGUGAAGUCACGCAAACUCUCUGUUUUUGUAAAAAUCUCUGACCUUUGACUUUUCGCUCUCGGUCGAAAAAUUUAUGCUGACAAAUUUUGAAUACACAGAUACGAAGCUGACUACAAUCGCGCAUUGAGAAACGAAGGAAUGCAUAAUCCUUGCUUCAAAGAAAUUCUGUGUCGAGAUCACCUAAGUACGGUCACGGCCGUAGAAAGAAAAGAAACAGGAGUCUCGUAAACUUUAAGAGCAUACUUCUUAUCGUUGCGGAAACGCCGAGCAUCUCCAAGCAACUUUACGUCGCGAGUAUAACUUAUAUUUAUAAUUUAUUUGACAAUGAUUCAUUCGACUAAAUCCUCCGCAAUACAUAAGCGUUUGUGAAGUGACUUGUGUCAUUUAUUUAUACGAAUGCACGAACAUUACUGGAAUGAAUGGUUGAUUGGACGAGUGGUUUAUCUACGUACGUGAUUUAUCGGCUCAAAUUCCAUCGAUUGAUGAAUACCUAUUACAAUGCAACAGUACAUCGCAAUAUAUUAGAAAUCGCGAUUAAUUAAAUCAUUUAACGUGACAUAUAAUUUCGCACGCGAAACGACAAUCUACGGCAUUCCCGAUAUACAUCGUGUCAAAGAUGGAGUAAAAAUUUGUAUCAUGAAUCUCGCUGUGUCGAUCAUCGUCGCUUGGUUGGCGCGGAUGAGCAACGCGCUCGACAAUGGGGUCGAUUUCUACUCGGACAACAUCGAAGAUCUAGGGUACGUCAACGCGACGAAUUGCACGAACGACUACUGUAUCCCGGACGAGGAUUACAUCGAGCUGAUGAUGCAACAUAUAUUCCCCAAAUUCACCGAUUGGGUGCUGAUUGCUAUGCAUAGUGUCGUUUUUGUGAUUGGUCUGAUCGGCAACGCUCUCGUCUGCAUGGCCGUCUAUCGAAAUCACACGAUGCGAACAGUGACUAAUUACUUUAUUGUCAAUCUGGCGGUGGCCGAUCUCCUCGUCCUGCUCAUCUGUCUACCGCCGUCAGUUCUAUGGGAUGUCACGGAGACUUGGUUUCUCGGAUUAAAACUCUGCAAGGCCGUACCUUAUCUCCAGACAGUAUCAGUGAGUGUCAGCGUUUUGACGCUGACUUUCAUAUCGAUCGAUCGAUGGUAUGCUAUAUGCUUCCCAUUAAGAUUCAAAUCCACAACAGGCCGAGCCAAAACUGCUAUCAUUGUAAUCUGGCUGAUAUCCCUGCUUUUUGAUAUUCCAGAAUUACUGGUGUUGCACAUUGUACCUUCACAUAGUAGAGUGCAAACUAUAUUAUUCACGCAAUGUGUCUGGUCGUGGAGUCAAGAAAGUCAAGCUACCUUCACGAUUGUUAAACUGAUAUUUCUGUAUACCGUACCAUUGCUCUUUAUGAGCGUGACCUAUUGGCAGAUUGUGCGCGUUCUUUGGAGAAGCGAUAUUCCAGGACAUAAUCUAUCCACUAGAAUCUGUCAUUCAACUGAGAUUCCACUCUCCAAAAGUGGAAAUCCAGAAGGACAAUUGAGAUCUCGACGGAAGGCGGCGAAGAUGUUAGUCGCCAUAGUUAUUACAUUUGCGAUAUGUUUCUUCCCAGUACAUUUGCUCUCUAUUUUAAGAUGUACCAUGGCUUUACCAUCGAAUGAAUGGACGAUCGCUUUUAGUCUAAUCGCCCACUGGCUAUGCUAUUUCAACAGUGCGGUGAAUCCAGUCAUUUACAACUUUAUGAGCGGUAAAUUUCGCAAGGAGUUCAAACGUAAUUUUCGAUGUUCCCACAACAAUAGAACCUGCAUCCAUAAACGUGAAUAUGUCACGGGCAUCUCAGAUCCUCUUAAACAGAGAUCUCAUACAUAUACGAGAUCAGUUCAUAUGUUAUCUAAUAAUAAUAAGCAACAAAGUACUGAGGUAAUACCUCUUAGUGCUAUAAUCAAUAUACCGCAGAAUGAGAAACAGAAAUAAAUCUCAUUUCUGUAUCUACAUCUCGUAUCGCAAAACACACAAUGUUCUUUUCCAUAUAAAUAUUUUUAAAUCGAUAGUUUCAACAAAGAUAAAAAUAAUCGUUUUCAAUAUUAUAAUAUAUAUUAAAAGAACAUUUGGUAGUUUUGGGAUGCUUUGUACAACGAUGAAGUAUAGUUCAAAUUAUUCCUACAUACUGUUAUACAUAGAUAAGUACAUUUCUCGUUCAAAAAUGACUUUUCUUAGUUUUGCUGAAUUAAAAUGAACUACAUAUAUUCAAUUGACAUAUGUAAAUAGAUAGUUAUAUAUAAG